UCUGAUACAGUCAAGACGGUGCCUGAACUCUCUCACAAAAUUCCCGAUUUCUCUUCUCAGGCAACAACUUGAAGAUUCUGAUCGGUGCCCAAGCAAACAUUAGUUGGCUGAUUAUGCUAAUGGGGCCUGGGUUCAUCGGCAGCCACUGGUUGUUAGAUGCUGUGGAGUAACAUUGCCAACUGUUUCCCAGUGUUUCCCAGUGUUUGUAUGACAAUUUCAUAAUUCUCUGGAGAGCUGGUUGAUGAGAAGGAGAAACGUGGAUUCCUUCCGUGUGUUGUGUUAGGUUUAAAUGGGAGAGUUUGUGGCGAGGGUGGCUGCAAAUAUGGACCGCUGGGUUUGUCCGAAUGAUCGUCAGCUUGCCCUUAGGGCCAAGUUGGGUACGGGCUGGUCAGUUCAUACCAACAAACAGGCCCAAUUCAAAAAGUCAGACAAUUUGAGUUGUGAGGAGCAAGAACAGAUUAUGAACGUCAUACAGAAAGCGGACAUGUUGGAGCAGGUAGAGCAGGAACGAAUCGGGCAUCUCGUGGAAAAACUUGAGAAUAUGCGGAAGAAUGCCAUUGGCAAUGGGACGACGCAGUGCAUCUUGUGUGGGGACGAGUUUGGUUUACUGGGAGCAUCACCAACGUACUGCGAUGACUGUAAAAAGGCGGUGUGUACAAAGUGUGGUAUAGAUACUUAUAAUUGCAAUCACCAGCCCUUGUGGUUGUGCAAGAUAUGCAGUGAAAAACGAGAGUUAUGGAAGCGGUCCGGCGCCUGGUUUUUCAAAGGAAUUCCUAAGUAUAUCUAUCCAUCAAAAAGAGGGGCUGGAUAUGGUAAAGCUGGUCGUAUGAAGGCCGGUGAUGCGGUCAAGUCAAAUCGGGGAGGCUCGGGAAGAACUUACAAUACAUGGAGCAAAGCUAGAAAUAAGCCAAGUUAUGGUGAAAGCAGUGAUCAAGAAUCAGACGAAUCGGAGGAUGAUGUCAGUAUAGGAAAGAAGAAAAACAAAAACUCUGAGUCAGACAUACAUUAUAAUGAUGAGGUCCCAGUCGACAGCGACAGUAUCAGUAUCACCAGUUCCAGGAGUAACAACAACCCGCUCUACACUGGACAUGGACUCGCCGACUCGAAAUCCAGUAUCACGAGCAGCAAUUUAUAUGGACAACUAAGUGCCACUGAAAGCAGUAGGGGAGAUGAAGUGCAUGAUGAAACAGACAGCGAGAAGUCAUCUAGUAUGGGAGGUUUUAGUCGGGAGGGUUCUUUACGCUCCAACUAUGAAACCUCCGGUGUUAGAUAUCAUACAGGAGAAGAGGGUGAUAUAGAUGCCGCUUUUACCCGCUACACUUCUCAGCAUGGACCACACGGACAGACCCGCCACCACCACCACCAGCCCACGCAGCCACCGCCACAGCAGCCUGUUGAAGAAUACGAAGCUGAUUUACCGUCCUCUCCUGAUUCGGAAGGAACUUCUUUGGGAACCCUUGAAUUUUCUUUACUCUAUGAUGCUUUUGAUAACGCCCUCAACUGUACCAUUGUCAGAGCCAGGGGAUUAAAGGCAAUGGAUUCUAAUGGUUUAUCCGAUCCCUAUGUCAAGUUGCACCUCUUGCCAAGAGCAAGCAAGUCAAAGUUACGCACGAAGACCAUCCACAAGACCUUGAACCCAGAAUGGAAUGAAACGCUGACUUAUUAUGGUGUAACAGAAGAAGAUCACAUUAGGAAGACACUACGCCUGUCUGUGCUUGAUGAAGACACAUUUGGUUAUGACUUUAUUGGUGAGACCAGAGUCCCUCUCAAGAGGUUGAAGCCAGAUCAAACCAAGAACUUCAAUGUCUACUUGGAAAAACAGCUGCCUAUGGAGAAGGAUGAUGAACUGAUGGCCCAUGAACGUGGAAAGAUUGCCGUGUCCCUCUGCUACAACAGCAGAAAGGGGGGUCUUGUCGUGGGCAUCAUCCGAUGCGCUGAUCUGGCAGCCAUGGAUAGUAAUGGCUACUCUGAUCCUUACGUCAAGGUCUACCUGCGGCCAGACAGGGACAGGAAGACCAAGAACAAGACAGCCACCAAGAAGAAAACACUUAAUCCUGAAUUCAAUGAAGAGUUCUUCUAUGAUGUCAAGCUGACUGAUCUUGCCAAGAAGACACUUGAGGUCACAGUGUGGGACAAGGAUAUCGGCAAGGCCAAUGAUUAUAUAGGCGGACUACAGCUGGGAAUCAACGCCAAGGGGGAUCGCCUCAAACACUGGUUUGAAUGCCUAAAAACCCCUGAUAAAAAGAGUGAGAGAUGGCACAGCCUGUCAGCAGAGGUUAUGGCUGUGUCACCAACAUAAGAUGACAUUUCAACCACGUAAAGGACUUUAAAUAGGCAUCUGUACCGAGCUGUGUCAUCCCCUUUUGGGUUCUUGGUUGAGUGCAUUUAUGUAAACUACCACUGGCGCUCUACAUUCUGAUUCAAAACAAUGUUUGAAUUUUUAGAAAAUUUUCCAUCCUAAAAUUAUGUUGAAAAAAAACAUUGAUAUCCUUGUUCCUCAUCACUGGUCAGUUUUAGUAGUUCAUCCCAGGGUGUUGUUAGCUGGUUAUAAGGUUGCAGUGCCCGAUGAACGUGUUCUGCCACUUCAUGUGUAGACUUAGUGGUCUAAGCACUGGAUUAAUGAAUCUAGGUGAGAAGGUUCGAUUCCUGAUGUACACGGAGUGCAGUCUGAAAGUGUGGUUCAAUCGUGGAGAUCCAUCGUUACCAUGUGGCCCACUGGUAAUUAUAAAUCACCAUGGUGGGACUGAAGUAAGUGGAGCAUGAGGACUCUGAAAAUGUAAUAUGAGAAAGUGAUGGUUGAACAGCGGAUAAACAGUUGAGGGUGGUUACUUUGUUGAUAGAGAGAAAUUUGAAAAGGAAAUAAGACCUAAUCACCUUGUGGCAAUAUUUUGUGUGCAAUACCUUUUCUGCUAUCUUUGUCAUAUUGUUUCUCUCUCUCUCUUAAAUUGUAUUGUCUCUCAAAGAUGUCUCUUUUUGAUGUGAUUAACUAGUGAUAUGUGCUGCUGUACUUAGAUUAAAAAAAGUGUGGCUUAGAUAUAAGUUUAAGAAUGGCAUUACUUUUUUGUGCCAACUUGGUUUAAAAUAUGAACAUUGCUGGUGGACUUAGGUGGUUAGAUCCAAUCUGAAUAGUGAGCGGGAAAAAGUAGGUCUUUAAAAUUGGCACAUAAUGUGAUAUAUAGAAAAAUGUGUGUUGAAAUGGUUUACUUGACAAAUCUACAUAAGAGCCUGUAGCUCUUGUAUAUGUUUGUGAUCUGUUGGUCAUGCACUUCGUCCCCCACUGCUUCAGAAUUUAAAAUACUUAAUAAUAAUGAAUCAAUAAUUGAAUAAAUAUGUAUAGAAAUGUGGAUUGCUAAAGUGUACAUUGUAUAUACUCUGGAUGAUUGUGUGAUAACUUGAUGUUUUUACUGAGGAAUGUAGCGUUACUAGGAAAUGACUUGUUUUCCCAUUUGUUGUUUGAUCAUGCUGAUAAGGUUUUUGUCAAGUUUAUUAGAAUGUAAAUGAAGUAUCCUGGCAAAGACGUCCUGCAAAAGUUGCCACUCUUCUUAGAGCAGCUGUUAGCGCCAACGUUCCAGCUGUUGGUGCACUAGGAACCUUGUCUUUAAUAAACCAAAUUGUACAACACACCGCAGGAGAGUGGCCGAGUUGUUUGAUAUUAAACAUGAUGUGGAUUGUCACCAGGUUAUCGUCAAACUGUUUAUUUAUAAAUGUAUGUAUUUUGUCUGCCAGUAGUGGAGAAGCAAAAUCAUUUUGACUACUGAGUGACAUUAUUUGAGUUCGUUCCAUGAGUAUGUCUUAGCAUAUGGUAAUUGGAUGUCUUGGUCCAUUGUCAUAGUUGCAGAAUUGUACAUUCCAAAUCCGCUGGCAUUCCUGUAAAUGUUUUGUUUGGGAUGGAAUUGCUGUUAAAUUGCCGGCCAUGAAUUGCUGUAAACUGGGACAUUUUUGCUGUCAAUUAUUUGCCUGAAAUGUUGGCCGUUUCAGGGCGCACCAUGCAGAAUAGCUGAAAGUCCUUCAUGCAUUUACAUCAGUGUGUGGGUAUACUCCAGGCUGAGCAGUUUUUGGCGAUUCCUUUGGUCUCAUCAGGAAAACCAGAAGUGUAUUAAUUGCCCUUACCUGUGUAAGAUUUCAAUGAUGAGUUGGUCACGUUGACCACCAGGUUUCUUGGGUCACAAUAUCAAUCCUGUAAUUAUAAAAAUAAAGACUACAUUUUGUUUCUGGGAAUAGUAAGAUUCUAGUGUUCUUGUUUAGAUUACUUUUGUAAGGUUCUGUCCAGCACUAUUGACAUGGGUGUUUUUCCUGUGAACAUAUAUCACACAAACUGUAUAUCUAUGUAAACCUCAUAUGUACUAUCAAAUUGAAACAAUAUAAGAAAUAAACUUAUUUGAA